AUGCUCAAAGUCUAUCGGCUUGUGGACCCACUUAUUCUCGAGUGUCCUCAUAUGCGUUCUCUAUAUCAGACUCGCACUUUCACUCAUUUAAUCGCAAGUCACAGUAAAAGCAACAAAAGCAAUUACUUGAUCACGACAUACACCAUCGCAAGAACCCACAAUCCCGAACAUCGCCACCGCGCAAUCUACAAGAUCAACCACCACCAGCAAUACCACGAUACACCACACCCAACCCAAGCCAACCUCACCACCACCUCCAAUCUCAAAAUGUACCGCCCAAUGUACACCUCACCACUAACCCGGGAAUGCAUCCCCUGGUCCCAACUCUCCUUCAAAGAGCGCAUGAACUCCGACGAAGCCAAAAUCGACCUUCGCAACCUCAACAUCAUGAUCUUCUUCGUCUUACCGAUGCUCUUCAUGUUCUGUGCCCUCGGCUACUACAGACGGAGAGGCGACUGGUACAAGCGGCGUGUGCAGGCUCUGGAGGAGGGGAUCGAGAAGAUGGACAAGGGUCAGCAGGACUGGGUCGAUCUGGGGCCGAAUCUUGAGGGGAGAAAGAAGUUGAUUAGACAGUUGGAGGAGGGACGGAGGUGGUGUGAGGAUAUGGUGCAGCAUUACCGGAGUAAUGAUGUGCUGCAGUAA